AUGGCCAACUACUACGAAGUGCUGGGUGUACAAUCAAGCGCCUCCCCUGAGGACAUCAAGAAGGCCUAUCGAAAGCUGGCUUUGCGGUGGCACCCAGACAAGAACCCCGACAACAAAGAAGAGGCUGAAAAGAAGUUUAAGCAGGUUUCCGAAGCCUAUGAAGUUUUGUCAGACUCUAAGAAACGUUCUGUGUACGACCGGGCAGGCUGUGAAGGCUGGAGAGCGGGUGGCGGGGCCAGUGUCCCCCACAGCAGUCCCUUCGGUGCUGGCUAUCCCUUCCGAAAUCCUGAGGAUAUCUUUCGUGAGUUCUUUGGGGGACUGGACCCUUUUUCCUUCGAAUUCUGGGACACCCCGUUCAGCGACCGAGGCCGGUCCCAUGGUUUACGUGGGGUCUUCUCCUCGGGCUUCGGUGAGUUUCCAGCCUUCAUGGAAGCCUUCUCGUCUUUCAAUACUCUGGGCCAUGGUGGGGGCAGCCGCUCCACCUUUUCUUCUACUGCCUUUGGUGGCUCCGGUUCCGGCAGCUCUGGGUUCAAGUCGGUGAUGUCAUCUACCGAGAUGGUGAACGGCCGCAAGGUAACCACCAAGCGCAUCGUGGAGAACGGUCAAGAGCGUGUGGAGGUGGAAGAAGACGGAAAACUCCGGUCAGUAACUGUCAACGGCAAGGAGAAGCUCAUGAGGGUGGACAGCAAGUGA